UGUGUCACGAACGCAAUGCUUUCAUCAUGCUCAUCUCCAUCGCCGACUUUUUGCUGUCCUGGGGAAUUGCGCAACCUCUUCUCUCUUGUCCGUAUUUUUGCGUGCAACAGCACAAUCCCGGCAACCGCCUCUCGGAUUUCACCAGACUCUCGUUCCUUUCAAACGUCGGUCGUGCGACUCUUUCCGGUCCUAUUGAACAAAAUAUUGGCUGCACUGUGCUUGGCUGUUCUUUCUUAAGAAGUGUGUGCGUUUCUGUGGUAUGCUCAAUGAUACUUUCCAUCUGUGAUACCUGUGAAGAUACCAUCUGACGUGGUAGCAUGCGAACACUCUAUGCACGGUCAAGGCACGACGUUCCGCAGUUGAUUGGUUUUCAGAUUCAUUGAACAUAUUGCCGGAACACGGGACUGCAAGCUGCUCAGCUGAAUCGGCGGCAGCUUUCAGAAGUUCGAUGACCAAGGUCUUGUCAACAGCAGGCCGAAGAGUCGCCCGUUUCCUUUCGGAUUUUUUCCUGACGGAAUCUGCAGAAGCAUUGACUCCCGCUUGGUGUCUUUUCUAGACACAUAUUUCCUGUGUUUCGCUGGCUUACCACCUCUUUGCACUGGUCUUCUUUUUUGCUCGUGAGACUGAAGAAAAGUUGAGCUGCGGGUCCGUUCCGUCAAGGCACGUCCGCGUCUCCCAUUCCUCAGGAACCGAGCUUGUUCCGUAUCCCCCAGCUUUGCCGCGGAUGGCGGUGUGCUGUAGCGAAGGGAGGAUCAGCCUGGGAGCCUUGGGUGCUAGGAGCAAGCGAAGGGUCUGAACGAGACUCGCAAGAGGUGAUAUUUGUUCGCGUCUCAGCGGUACCACAGAAAGUACGCCGAUGUGUGGCAAACUGUUCGCUGUCUGAGGGUCUAGCCACAAUGCCCCACACUAGUUACUCCUUCUGCACGCUGCGUCCGCAGCCUCCGUCUUUCGACCGAGACGCUCAUGCGUACGGGAAGGGUUUCAAAGAAAAGCGGAGUUUUUCCAACAGUUCUUCAACAGCUUUCGACGCCGAGUUCUUCGGGCACGCGGCAGACGCGUACCCGCUGCCCGACCGCAUGCCUCGCCACCUCUUGACUCACACCGAGGUUCUCUUUCCGACAGGGUCUGAACCUUGGACGGGAGGCGGCUACGAUGCAUUCCAUGUUGACCCGGCGUGUGCCGUCUUUCCCGACGGUCCCAGUCCAGCCGAAAGUUCAAGCCCUUCGCGAGACACCGGAAGUUCCUUCCCCAUCGUCCAUCCGUGGAUGUGCUCAAACGCAACCGCGAAUCGACAGAGGCGCUCUCGCGGCCUUCCCGACUCGAGAGAAGCGUUCUUGGCUCGGUCCUCUGUCCAGACCUACGCUCCCGACGCCGCGUCGCUCCAGCCUCAGACCUCGCGUUUCGGCGUGCCGACGCAUCCACACCCGUGGACUCUUCCGACCGCUUACUCAGGAGCCUGCGCACUGCCGUCCGACACUCGGCCAGACGAGACCCUCGCAGAAGAGACCUUCGCGCUCCCCCCGUCUGGCAGCGGCCUCCGGAGUUCCUUCAGAGCGGCUUCGCUUCCGCCGCUGCCCACGACGCUCGACGCCGUCUCUCCGAGGCGACAUCGUGGAAGCGAAGCCGCCUGUGCAGACGCGAGAAGGGCCGCGCGGCACUCUUCAGGCUGCCCGCGACGCUGCCGAGGGGACUGUUCCUGCGCCCAGAGUGACUCGCGGAAAACAUGCUCGACCGUCGUCGCCUCUGGGGGAAGGGCGGGAUGCUUGCAUGCACAUGGCAUGAAGAAGACGCAGCAGCAACCGAAAAGACGGCGGCGUCGAGAGGCAGCUGCGGAGCGCGAGCGACAUACCCUCCAGGGACAUGGAGAGGAACCGCGCAGACGCUCCGCGGCGUGGAGAACGACUGGGAACUCUGGAGAUGCGCUUUCUCCGGCCUCGACGCGGUCGUCGAACUCCGACCUUGCAAACAGGCAGAGAGAGACAGAACACCACACGGGGCGGGAAGGCGUCACAUUUUUCGAGCGGAAGAAGCGGGAAGGGUCUAGCGAAAACAGCGAUCCACGCACUAACACAGACGCGAGGAGUGGACACACACGGAAAGGAGCCGACAGAAAUCGCAGAGAAGGUGAACGCCGUGCCACGGACAGGCGGCAGUCGCCGCGGCGAAGCUCCUCUUCCACUGCGAUGCUGCGACAGCCUCCGGGCUCAGACCUCGCGACGCAGGGAACGCUUCGGUGGGGGACCUCGAGGCAUCCGCAAAAACAGAAAGACCCUCCCUUUCACGCGCACAGACUCUCCGAGGGACGACGUCGUGAGUUCCAAGUCGAUCCCUUUGAGUCGCCUAGAGAAGAUGUUGAGGAAAGCGAGAAUGCGGUGUCUUCGUGGCUCUGUUCGCCGAGAGACGCGGGUGAAGCGGCGCGGCCUCUAAGUCGCCAGCGACUGCGGGUGGACGCGAAAAGCGCGAGAACGAAGGCCGACAGAGACUUGAAAGAAUCCACUCACUUGAACGAGCGUCGACGUGUAGGUGAGCUGAAGCGACCGUCUCGACUGUCGGCUAGUGAGGAGGAAACAGCCGAUCCGUCAGCCUCGAGUGACGACUCGAGAUUUGGGGUGCCGAACCCACAAACGGCACACAACGAAGUAUGGCCGUCGUCGACUCGGCGCGAGGAAACGCCCUCCCUCUGGACGCCGUCUGUCGUUCCUGGCGGCCAGCAACUGCUGUGGCAGCAGACGACGCGGCGUCUGACUGUGGAGGAAGAGCAGGCGGUCGCCUGCCUCUCCGGAAACUGCGACGAGCGCCGGGGCCGGGUGUUUACGGACGAAAGCCCCGAGCUCGGCUGUCUCGUCACCGCGCCCGACGCCGUUUGUCCGCAGUGCCAUGCCGUGCAGGACCUGCAGCGCACCGGCUCGUUCCCUGCGGCUCCUCACAUGAGCGCUGGUCCUUCUCUCUUGUUUGAGGACUCGGAAAGAAGGCCGACGACAAGCUUCGUUCCUGAAGCAGGAGCGCGCGACCCGGAUCCCCGGAGAAGCAACGUUCUUUCCUCGGACGGAAAGCGCCUUCCUCCCCUCGCACGCGGCUGCUGCGUCACCCCCGACGCACAGGCUCCAGGAGAUCUUGUCCACUUGCUGAUGGAAAAGGAGCGCUGCAUGCGUGGGCUGGAGAGGCAGCUGAGUGCCCUGCAGGUGGAACACCGCACUCUUCUCGCGCUCGCCGACGGCUCUUCAUUGCCUUCUGCCUGCCUGCGCGUGCCUGAAGAAAACAACGAAGGAUGGCGAGAAGAUGGCAGUUUCUUGAACGCACGCAGUUCGACCGGACCCGGGGAGCAACCGCCGCCUGCGUCUUUUACGGCCGUAACAAGUUUCAGAGGCAUUCGAGGAACAAAACGAAAAGUCGCGCCCGUCCACUGUCCGUACAGCGACGAGAAAGUGUUUCCUGGAGUUCAUGUCUCAAGUCACACACCCAGCUCGGCCUUCGCUUUUCCAGAAGUUGAAAAGCCUUUCCAAAAGCCAUUUUUCUUUCCGCCGCUCGACGCAGAGGAAGAGAAACGCGUCCGAGGCGAGGCGGCACGCGCUGCCCUCGGCUUCCCUUCCUUCUCGCCCUAUCAGCGGGUUUAUGGGUCGGUGGAGGUCGACCAGAGGAAGGGAUGUGCACAGAGUUUCGAACAGAAAAAAUGUUUCAGAGAAGAAAAACACCGAGGCUUCACAGGUCACCUGCCGCCAGGCCACAUUCAGGAACGAAAUCUCUCCCACAGAGCUGCUCACCCUGCCAGAUUUCAGCGCGUCGCUACGGCGCCUGCAGCUCUAGGCGAAGCCUUCCCAACGCAUCUCUCGCCUGUGAGCGAGAGCGAUGGAGAGGAGAGCAGAGACGGCCUCGCCUAUCCUGCCUAUCCUCGAAGAAGACGGUGCCGGACACAUGCAUUUGCAGAAGGCAGCUUGCAUGCGCGCCAUAUCGCGGACGCAGGAAACCCCAACGGGGGUGAGGCCCUCUACGAACAGGACCUUCGAAGUGGAUACGCGAGACUUUCUUCAGCCUCAAAGCGCAGAGACAAGUGCGCCAUUCCCUAUAUGGAUGCAUCACGUCCGGACGCCACAUUCCAAGGGCCAGGGCGAGAGAGGAGCAGAAAGGAGGAGACAGAGGGCCUUGAAGGACGCUGGCAGCAAGAGAAGGAAGAAAGAUAUGCCCAGAAGGCGAGAGGCGGACUGGAAGCCUGGGAGAGACAUCCGGAGAAGAAAACGACAAAUUCCAACGUGUCAGGGAGUGCGGCGGUCGACUCCCACUCGCGCGAGAGUCGAGAGGAGCAAAGGCGGCACCCGGUCGCAAGAGCGGCCGUGGAAGUUCUCCGUAAAGCAAAGGAACGCAGAGGAAUGGCUGCGCGCACGACUGUCAGCAGCCAGCUAGAGCGGGAAAAGGACCUAGAGAGAGAAAGCGACAGAGAUUUCAUGUCAGAUGGCAGAGGGGAUGGGGAAGAUGUGGAGAGGCGCACAGAAAAGGAGAGCCGGAAAGGAAAUGGUAGAGAGAAGAGACAAAAGCGUUUCUCUGUAGAGGUGAGAGAGUCGCCACAGAUGCACAGGCGACGCGCGAGCCUGGCGGGAGAAGAGUGGAGAGAGGCGGGAGACAUCGGAGAGGAGAGCGAAGCGGGACCGCAUACAGAACUGGAAGUCGAGGCGGAUGUCGUGGAGAAGAAGAGCGAGAAGACACGGAGGACGAGACACCGGCCAGUGAAGAAGAAGGCCGAACCGGCCCUGGACAGAAAGAAGACUCAAGGCGAUCUCGAAGAGGACGAAGGAGAGGCGCCGAGAGCCGCACUGUCUCGUCGUACGAGGACAAAGGUAGAUGAAGACGGAGAGGAAACAAGAGGAAAAGCGAAGGAGAAAACGUCGGGAAACGCAAGAGGGAGGGGAGACAACACCGGUUCUGUUGCUUCUGAGGGAGCUCCACAGCCCCGCGGGCCUCUGCGCCGGAGUCCGCGGCUGGAAGGCCAGGAACAGCGUCGGCAAGAACGCGAAGCGGAGCAAGAAUAUGUGGAGACACACGCGACGAAGACAGAAGGACAAGCGACGGACACUCUGGGAUGUGGAGACAGUCCAGAAGACGCCCUCGACGAUCUGUUCUCCUUUGACUCACCUUCCCCCGAGUGCGCCCCCGCUGUCAGCUCGUCUCUUCCCGCGGGGAGUGGACGGCGAAAGGCCUCUCAAACGGAGAAGAACAAGAAGAGAAGGGAAGUUGCUGCUUCGACAGAGUCUCCUCGUGGCCGGCGUUCAGGGCGAGAAAGCCGCAAGACGCGAGAGCGAGAGAAUCUGCUCCUCUCUCUUUCUCCGGCGACUCAGGCUCCAGCUUCGGUCUCUCGGAGGGAGGCAGAGGCGGCUUCUGUUGCGCCUGCUCGCUUUCCCUUGAGUUCUGCGGACAGCGUUGGCGUAGCAGAGAGGUCCCGAGUCUUCUCGUCACUCGAAGACGCUGCCUCCUCGCCGUCGGCGGCAAGAGAGCAAGGAGGGGAGCAAGGAGAGGAGAAGGAGCGAAGCUCGACGACGACCGCGAACGCGACGAAGCUCUCUCCGCUUCAGCCUUCGGAAAAGCCGCGCUCCGAACGCACUUUGAAAGACAGCAAAGACAACGACUCAGCGUCGGCAGGCCGCCCACGUCAAAAGCGAAGCCGAACCACUAGCGUUCUACGAAGGGAGGAGAAGCGGCCGACUCUAGUUCAUGAUGCAAAGACGCUGCAGAGACUCCGGAGAGAAGAACUGGAAACCAUUCCCUCGCCGAUCGUCACGCGAAUUCGACUGGGGCUCUUCGACCGGCUGUCUCUGAUGAAAAAAACGAACGCAGGAGACAAAGAGAGCGACAGAAAGCCUGCGGCUCGGGCCGGCGCGAGUGAGGGAAGCGGAAACCAGCUCGAUGACAGUCAAGAGCGAACGCCUCGCCGACACUCCACACAAAAGACGACGCAAGCAGAGCCGAGCGCAGAAGCCUUCCGGGGACAAAGGAGACGAGGAGACAAAGAAGGACGCAAAGAGGAAGGUGCAGAAGGGAGUAAACCGGGGGAUAACGAAGGGGGAACGCGAGUUCCACUUGCGAGCACUGCGGCGCGCAACGAGAAGGCGGAAGCGAGAGGUGCAGAGGAUGAGGAGGGAGGCGGAGAAGAGGAGUCCGCGCAGCCAGGCGAAGCUUUUGCGGGUGGAUCUGUGAAGAGAAGAGGCGCCUCAGGAAGCUCUAGAGAAAGGAACGAGUCUUCAGAGACUGUCGCGACGACGCCCUCCUGGAGGGCCGUCGAGGACGGCGUUCAGGCAGGCGACAGACUCGGCGGGCGGGUCGUCCGGCGCGGGACCGACGUGCGGAACCGCGCAUUCUCGUCAACUCUGCUUCGGCUUAUAAACGGAGACAUGCGGGUCACCACGGAGAAAGACGUCCACCUGUUUAUCACGAACUACUGCCUUGAAAAGGGUCUGAGACAGCUGCGGUCCGUCGCCAAUGGGAAGAAAGUCAAAAAGUGGCCGAUAGGCAAAGACCCGCUCCUUCGCGUUCUCUUCGGCGAGGCAGCAAAUACGUUUCCUGCGAGCAAAGCGGAAAUGAUGGAGACUCUCAGGAAAAACAAGCACAUCUCGUACUUUUCCAUCGCGUGACGAAGGCUAUAAAAACCAAGGGAAAAGAACAUUCUUUUCGAAUUGCCUCGCAUUCAUCGAGGAAGUCGCUGUCUCAUAUGCGACCUAGUUACACAUUUUUAUAUGUAUAUGCAUGCAUGCAUAGACAUGUGGGAAUGCAUGUGCAUCUGAUUGUCAAUGGACUUACUGAUGGUG